AUGGCCGACCAAGGAGAAGCUUCUGGAGGCUCCAAGGAACCUGUGACAUUCACGCGCAUCUCUUCGUCGACGACGCCCAGUCUGCUCCGUAUCAAGCGAGACAUCGCAGACUUCAACGCCGACCCUCCGCCGGGAAUAUUCAUGGCGCCUCAAGAGAAUGACAUCACGUGCAUCGACGCCAUUGCGAUGGGUGCUGCAAACACGCCUUACGAAGGCGGCUUCUUCCACUUCUCCCUGCAGUGUACCAGCGACUACCCGCUGAAGCCGCCGAAGGCUCGGUUCAUGACCACCGAUGCUGGUCGAGUGAAGUUCAACGAGCACCUGUACCGCGACGGGUCAAUCUGUCUCAGCACGCUUAACACCUUCGGACAGACGUGGAGUCCGGCCCUGUCCCUGAGCUCCCUGCUCCUUUCGAUCCAGUCCCUGCUGUGCGAGCUCCCCAAAUUCUUGGACAAAGAGAGGUUGAAGCAGUUCGAAGCAGUGAUACGGCACGAGACAAUGAGGGUGGCCGUAUGCGACACCGUGGAAGCCUGUUUUGCAGAAAAGCCUCCCUUCCCGCCAGCACUGAAGGAGAAAAUUCUCGAGAAAUUCGCGGAGCUGUACACCACGUACGAGAGCGAGGUGCAGGGGAAGCUGCACCUGUCUGGAACGCAGAUGGAGGAGAAUUGGUUGGGGAAUAAGGUCACGUGUCAGUACGAAGCGCUGCUCACGAGACUGCGAGACCUCAAAAAGAAGAUUGAAAAGAAGGACGAAGCGGAUGCUGCGAAUGCUGAGCAGUGA